CUAAAUCGAAUUAACAACAGCUAUAAUAAAAUUCCUUGUUGUACCAGGUUCCCGAGUCUUGACGAGGUUUAGAUUCAAAGUAACAUCCUGAUCUUUGUCUAAAUCCAAAACUCUUCUGCUAAAUUUAUAUUAUCACUAAAGAUCUCUUCAUCUUCCCCGAAACUGUAAUUUUUCAUCAUUGAUGGUUUCAAAUUGAAGCCAGAGAGAUUAAAUGGCGUGGUUAGGGAAAUUCUCUUCAGGAGGUUUCCCGGAUCUAGCUGGGGCAGUCAAUAAACUAAGCGAAAGUGUUAAGAAUAUCGAAAAGAAUUUCGAUAGUGCACUUGGUUUAGAAGAGAAGUCGUCAUCUGAAUCAGGAGGAAGUGCAGGAGCAGGAGAAGCCUCGGGGUUAUGGCCGUCUGGGUAUGACAGGAAAGCAUUAUUUGAGCCCAUGAUGGCCUUCAUGGGGCAAAAAGGUGAAGAAGAAGAAGAAGAAGAAGGGGAUGAGGAUAAGGAUGAUGAGUCGGAAAAAGCUGAACCUUCAGGGGUUUCUUCUGAGGAAGAACUGAAAAGAACAAAUGAUGUAGCGGAGUCUGUCUCGGAACAAAGUGUGUCUGUUGAUAAAGAUGAUUCUAAUGAAGCAUCUCAAAAUAAGGAGGAAAGGGAGCAUAUACCCGUAGAAGAAAGCACUCCUAGUGAAGAUGUUGAUCAGCCUGAUACAGAUAAACCCGAGGCUGAUUCAGAACCUAAGAUGGUUGAAAAAGUUGACUUGUCUGAGGAUUCCCAUUCACAGAUGGAGCAUUUAGAAGUAGGAACCAGUGAAGUACCACAAUUAGUUGAAUCCUCACCAAAAGUGGGCGAUGUGGAACAAGUGGAGAGUUCUGUUGUUGGUGGUGUGCCAGAUGAAACACGUUCUGUGACGGAUGUAGAAGAACAGAAGGUAAAUCCAGAAAGCACUGCUGAGGAAGGUUCUUAUGUGCAAGUUGAGGAAGUUGAUCAUCAACAAUCAGAAAAUGUGAAUGCUGCCCCAGGUUCAGAUUCUACUAAUGUUAUAAGUUCUGAAAGUACCAGCGAUUCGGGGCAAGAUCCGUUGCCAAAUGUACCAGACACAGACAGGGAACAUGAUAUGGUUGCUGUAUCGGUACCUCAUGAAGUUGUAUCAAAUACCGACUCUAUUGAUGUAAAGGGUCGAGAGGUUGAUCUGAAUACCAGCAUUAUUGAAGCACACAUGCAAGCCAAUGUCACGGAGGCUGAUAACAAAGAUCAACGAUUAAGCACAGUUUCCAAUGUGUCUGACCUUGUAGAUGCUGCGCUUGAAAUUGAGACAUUGAAGACAGAACUAAAAAUGAUGGAAGCUGCAUUGCUAGGGGCCGCUAGACAGUCACAGGCAAAAGCUGAUGAAAUUGCAAGAUUGAUGAACGAUAAUGAGCAUCUAAAGGCUCUUACAGAGGAUCUGAAGAGAAGAUCAAGUGAAGCAGAAACUGAGGCACUUAGAGAGGAAUACCAUCAACGAGUGGCAACUCUUGAAAGGAAGGUCUAUGCUCUUACCAGGGAAAGAGAUACAUUAAGGAGAGAACAAAAUAAAAAAAGUGAUGCCGCUGCUCUUUUGAAAGAAAAAGAUGAGAUCAUCACUCAAGUUAUGGCUGAAGGUGAGGAGCUUUCCAAAAAGCAAGCUGCUCAGGAAUCAACCAUCAGGAAAUUAAGGGCACAGAUCCGAGAGUUUGAAGAAGAGAAGAAAGGGCUAGUUACGAAGCUUCAGGGAGAAGAGCACAAAGUGGAGAGUAUUAAAAAAGACAAGGCAGUGACGGAAAAGUAUCUGCAAGAAAUCAUAGAGAAACAUCAAUCUGAACUUGCAGCUCAAAAAGAAUUUUACACUAAUGCUUUAAAUGCUGCCAAGGAGGCUGAAGCAUUAGCAGAGGCUAGAGCGAACAGAGAAGCUAGGUCUGAACUUGAGAGUCGUCUGAGAGAAUCAGAGGAGCGUCAAAGUACAUUGAUUCAAACACUUGAAGAAUUGAGGCAAACUCUAAGCAGAACGGAACAACAGGCAGCAUUUAAAGAAGACAUGUUCCGUAAAGACAUUGACGAUCUUCAAAAGCGAUAUCAAGCAAGUGAGCGUCGAUGCGAGGAGCUGGUUACGCAAGUUCCUGAGUCUACGAGGCCACUUUUGAGGCAGAUAGAAGCUAUGCAGGAGACAACUGCGAGAAGGGCAGAAGCUUGGGCUGGUGUGGAGCGAUCCCUUAACUCUCGACUCCAGGAGGCAGAGGCCAAAGCAGCAGCAGCCGAGGAAAAUGAGAGAGCCAUGAAUGAACGCCUUUCUCAAACCAUAUCUCGAAUGGCUGUUCUUGAAGCGCAGAUCUCAUGUCUUAGAGCCGAGCAAACACAGUUAAGUCGAUCUCUUGAAAAGGAGAGACAAAGAGCAUCUGAAAAUCGCCAGGAAUAUCUGGCAGCACAAGAGUCAGUUGCCACCUAUGAAGUUCGUGUCAAUCAACUUGAAGAAAAAAUCAAGGAGCACAAGAAGAAACACAGACAAGAACUGAUGGAUCUAAUGUCAGACAAGGAACUAUUGCAGCAGGAAUUAGAACGGGAGAAGACAGCUAGAUCAGAUUUGGAAAGGAAGUCUCGUCUUCAAUCUUCUGUACCUGAUCAAUCUCCUACAAACAAAAACAUUAAUACCUAUCUUGAAAAUGGAGGCAACUCCAUGCGAAAGCUUUCAAGUGCUGGAAGCCUUGGCAGCAUGGAGGAAAGUUUUUUCCUUCAAGCAUCUCUUGAUUCAUCUGACAGCUUCUCUGAGAAGAGGCUUAGUGAGGCAACCAUGACUCCAUACUACUUGAGAAGCAUGACCCCAAGUGCUUUUGAAUCUACCCUCCGCCAGAAAGAUGGCGAGCUUGCUUCAUACAUGUCCCGUUUGGCAUCCUUGGAAUCUAUUCGCGACUCUCUUGCUGAGGAGUUGGUCAAAAUGACAGCAGAGGUUGAAAAAUUGAAAUCAGAGGCGGCUAUUCUGCCUGGAUUAAGAACAGAGCUUGAAGCCCUACGACGAAGGCACUCUGCAGCACUUGAGCUAAUGGGUGAGCGCGAUGAAGAGCUGGAAGAACUUCGUGCUGAUAUCAUGGAUGUGAAAGAGAUGUAUCGAGAACAAGUAAACUUGCUCGUAAAUAAGAUUCAAAUAUUGAGUUCUUCUGUUGGUGCCGCUUGAGCCUUCCAAGGGUGUGAUUGUCAUAAACUGUUUCGAAACUCGCAUCCAAACAAUCCAAGGCUGUGUAUACAGAAGUACAGCUCGAUCCCAUCUGUAUAGAGUAAUUUGACGGCGACAUCCAUUUAUAACACAACAAGCUUCAAGAAUAUUAUCGCUGGUAAAGGAGGUUUGGUUCCUAAAAAUUCAGAAUUUCGAAAGGUUUAGCAUUCAGAUGAUUGCAAAACAAUGUCAAAUCCACCUCCCAUUGUAUCCUAGUAGACAGAGCUGCCCUUUUUGAUUGUGCACUGUACCAACUGAUAUAGAUGAAGUUUGAUUAAAUCUGUUUUUUUUUCUUUCUAAAAUAGGCCUUGAAGCUUUCUGUGUUUCUUCCUUGAAUAUGAAUACUGGUAGUUAUGUAACAGUUAUAUCUUCUCUUUUUUGUUCAGUUUUCCGAUGUCAGUUGCAGCUCUUCUACUCUAGCUACCAACUGAGAUGUUCAUUAUGCCAAUUGUAUAAAAACAAUUUUAAGUGUGUAUCUUGAAAACAGUUUCAGUUUUA